AUUGGGCCAUAUUCCUUCGUACAUAAAGAAGAAGCAUUCCCAAGCAUCACUUGGGAAGCCCAUGAAUCAAGGGAAAACUGAAGACCGGCUUGAAGAUGAAGCUCCACCGCCACUUGUUCCCAGUGAAAUUGGUCAUACUGAGAAACGAUUGCAAAGGGAAGGCACAUUCAACCGAAAGGAUGACGACAAAGGAGAAAUUGUUCCUACCGAUGUUGAGAAGCAGCUAGAAGAUACGUUGAGGGACUUGACCGAAGAGAAGCAAAUGCUCCUGGCACAGAAUCAGUGGCUCCAGGAAGAAUCGGCGUCGCGGCUGAAGAUAAUUGAAACAGAGAGUCAGAGGAAUAAGCAGCUGGAGAUCACUCUGCAACAGAUGACCGAGAAAAUGGAUCGAAUGAGAAGUGAAAUCGCUGGCACGGAGAGCAUCGCCGAACUACAUCGUAACCGAGAUGAGCUGAGGCGUCAAGUUGAGAACCUGAUUACGGAAAACGCCUCCUUGAGGAAAGAGAACGAAACGUUUCGGAAACAGCAGAGCGAAGAUAUUCUGUGCUUGGAAGAGGAUUUUGAACCGAAUCAACCCAACCCGACGAUUGAACAUCUGGAACGGAAUCUGAAGAAGUAUCGUGCGGCCCGAAGGAAGUUGAAAGGAGUUAUCGAGAAGCUGAUUUCCGAAAACCAUCGCUUGCGAGAAUCUAUCGAGAACCACCGGAACGAAGGAUCAUUUGCCGAGAAUGAUGCAGUCGGAAUGAAGGUUAAUCCCCUAGAUGGGGAUGUCAGUGAAGACGAAGAGAUCAUCAACAGGACGAAUUACUUUGAAGAGCGAAGGAAACAGAAACGAUCCCAGCAGAAGUGCAUCGAUGUCAGGAAGUAUGCGUUGUGA